AUGGCCCGUAAGGCACCGGAGAAAUCCAACUUUGUUCAUACUUGCAAUCUGUUGAGUCAAUUUAUCAAGGAGAAAGGUAGUUUCAGAGAUUUGAAUUUUGAAAUUGGUGAUAAAGUGGAGAGCCUUGAAUCCAUAGUGAAAGCGGACAAAUCUCAAGUUGCAGGGUCUACAAAAACGAAAUUCAUGAACAAUAUCGAAAAAUCAGUUCAACCAUCGACUGAACAAUAUAUGUCGAUAGAGCCCGUUCCUCGCCGAAGCAUGCCGAGUUCUUCGAGUAAUUUACACGAUGCCUCGAAUAAGGCUGCUACAAGAAAGGCUGCAACACUGGAGUCCAAGAAUGCCCAGUUGACUAUCUUUUAUGCUGGUAAAGUUUUGGUAUUUGAUGAUUAUCCAGCUGAGAAAGUUACAGAACUUGCGGAAUUUGCUAGCAAGGAAAGCUCUAAGGAAUUUCACGGCAUAUUGUCCAACCGCGUUAAAGAAAAACUAAACCCGAGUAACGCCGUGGCAUCGACCGCUACUGCACGAGAACGACUUCCUCCAAGACCCGAUGCAGCCUCUUCUCGUAAGGCUAAACGUGCUUUGCCCGAUCCCGGCAAAGUGGCACAGGAAAGGCUUACGCUCCGACCCGAAGCUAGUGGUUCUCACAAGGCUAGAGGCAUUUUGCUGAAUUCAAACACAGAGAAAACGAACAAUGGUGGUGCUGUAGCCUCUUGCUCUAGACCAGAAGAAAGGAUUUCACCACAAGUUGAAGCCAGUGGUUCUGAUUUGCCAAUUGCAAGAAGAUCAUCACUUCAUCGUUUCCUUGAAAAGAGAAAAGAUAGGACUGUAAGAGAGCAAAACCAAUUUCAAGAGCUGCAGCCUGAAUAUUCAUCCAAGCCUGAUGAGCAGCUUGAGCUCAAAUUAUAG